GAGUUGCAGGGCAUUCCUGACCUCACCGGCACACGCUAACAAACAGCAGUGAGCUCAUGAGGUGUAAAUAACACAGUGGGAGGGUUGGAGCAGAGCUGCUGGGGUAUAUAAAGGAGAGGGUCAUGCGUAAUGUCCCAGGCAAGCUGAGAGAAGACUAACAGGGAGAAGAAACUCAGGAAAUUGUCAGCUCGCACUCCUCACCGGAGCCCAAAGACAAGUCUCAGUCUGAGAGAGGGAAUCUGCAACCAGAGACUACAAGAGACUACGAUACUCAGCGCACGCGGGUGGCCUUAUAAACAAAGUAAAGUUCUUGGCAAGAACGGUCUUUCAACACUGACAUGAUGUCCCAGCACGCCGCUUUGACCAGCCUAUUUGGCAAUGACCCUUUCUUCAGCCAGGAACGGCUGCUGUGGCCACUGCAUCACGAGUCCCUUACCUCGCUGCAGCAAGAAUUCUUCAACCGGAGAGCCAAACUGGCCGACGGCCUCCUUAGGGGGCUCCACGAUGGCCACCCCCUGCUCAGACUCGGCCGGCUGCCCCUCCUUUCCUCCACUCUGGCAGGGCUGAGUGAUGGUAAAGAGCAGCAGAGGGAGACUCCCAGCAAAGAGCUGCAGAAGGAAGCCCAGCAGACCACAGAAAACAAUGGUGACCUCCUGGUGACCCUAGAUGCUCGCGGUUACGCCCCCAACGACAUCACUGUCAAACUGGAGGGGCGGAGCCUGGCGGUGGUAGCCAUGAAGCAGGCGGGCGCAGAAGAGAGCCAGUCCUGCUCCUCCUCCUCCUCGUGCGCCUCCUUCUGCUCCUCGGCCUCGUCUCAGACAGGGUUCGUCCAGAAGAUCGACCUGCCCGCUCACCUGGACCUGUCCGGCCUAUCCUGUUCCCUGAUGGAUGAUGGACAGCUGCGGAUCCACGCCCCCGUGGCCAAGCAGCCAAGCGGCGAAGAGCAACAGGUGCCCAUUCGGUUCAGGACAUCGCUGGAAUUUCCCAUUUCCAUGGACAAGACAGAGGAGGAACACACAGACUAAUGCACACGACAUACAGGCCACACAUACUGUUUGAAUGACAAUAUGUUUUUGAAUAAAUAAAUGUACACGUUUUUGUGCCCACACACAAACACAGGCACACUUCCGCUAAAAGACUGUCUAUGAGUAAAGUUUAAUAUUACUAAAUGAAGAGAAUUUUUAUUUUGUAAUUAUUUGCAAUUUGUAUAAACCGUUGAAAUAACAAAAAGUUUUUGAUUUUCAGAAGAUUUUAUAUUGUGUUGAAGCGUCUGCUUGGUGCAGGGAUUUAGGGAUUCAAACGGAUAACUACUCUUGUUAUGGACUUGUGUGACCACAAGAUGGUGCCAGCAGCCAAGGAUGGCCCAGGGAGCUGGGGCGGGGGGGCACACCAGGCGGGAGGAAGAAGAAUCCUAAAUGCCAGCAUUAUGGUUAAUUCCCCCUCCGGUGACUGAAUUAGUAACGUUAAAAGGUUCCAGUGACAUUUGGUUUCUGGAAGGAAGGUUUUUGUUGGAGCGCUGGAGCAGGUGAAAAACAAUAGCAGCAGAUGAAUGUUUUAUGAGUCCUGCCCUGAGGGGGUCACGACAGUGGAGAGAAGAAAGAAAGGCAUUAGGAGAAAAGGAGGGGAAAUGCCAGGGGAGGACGGGAGAAGAGAAGACGAGAGAACCUAUAGCCAGACUUUGAAGGGAUUGGUUCACUGAAAUUACAAAAAUAAAUCAAUCAAUAAAUGAGUAAAGUAAAACGACAAAACAUAUGUUCUUAGUGAUCUCUAGUGGUAUCCAUCCAUGCAAAUGUUUCUGGUUUUAUUUCUGAGAUAUCUGCAAUGGAGGUGAAUGGAGGUUAGUUUGUGAUGUUCAGCAUAUAAAACAUUGAACAGCAGCAGCGUCCCUGUUAACAGUCAACAGAAUAUGCUGUUAAUUGUUUCAAUAGGGACUAAUUUCUUCAGUGAGAAAGAGUUCUGCUGAAAGCAGCCUAUGUUGUGUCCGUCAUCCACAGUAACAGCAACACAUGUUUUUCGAAAGACGAGCAAACUUCCAGAUACAGAUACUGUCUCUGAGAUACUGUGGCCACAGGGCUCGUGGCUGUGCCUGCUUCUGUGUCUUGCUUUGGGGCACAGUGAAACAAAACUUAGCCGGAUUCAUUCGUUUAGAGUAAUAUGCUCGUUAGCUAGUAUUAAGGGAAGUCAUAAUGUUAUGAUGAGAUGGUGGUUGAGAGUAACAUAAAUCCUGGUCACUGAAGGUAACUGUGCUGCAAGUCUGUGUCAUUGCAGCUAAUGUUUGCUAACGCGCAGAGGCUAAUGACGUAGGACAGGCUGCUGGUGAGGCUGUGGUAAUGUGACAGGUGCUCGAAGCUGUGAUUGGGCAUUGCUGUUGCAGUGAUUAUGGCUAUGGUUGUAGCUAUUGCUGUAACUGUUGAUUCGCGAGGCUGUGACACAGGUUUUGAAUGUGUAACACUGGCUAACCUAUAUGCCCCCUGUGAACUGGUAUGGUUGAGUUGGUUGAGUGUUGUGAUGAAGCUGUUCAUAAACUCCUUGAACGUACUGCUAACACAUCUGUCAGGUCUGAUAUAACCAGGUUCAGAUCCUGGCAGGAGGGUCUGGCUUUACAACCCUGUCUUGGCCAAUUUUACAAUCUUACUAGCUGUAAGGUUAUAGCCGCAGCCAUAGCCAUUAGCUACAAAAAUAACCACAGCAACAGCUACAGCCAGAGCAACUGCAAAAGUUACAGUCACAGCGACAGCUGAUUUAGCACACACUCGAAAUGGCUAUAGCCACACCCAAGGCGAACACACUCGUGCUCUGGUUGCAGUCAGUGGCUAUGGAGUUGGAGCUUGGCUUCCCUUCAACAAACAGUACUUUGACAAUUAUGCAAUAAAUUAACCAAUGGUACCAUUUUGCAACAAAAGACAGUUAUUACAUCCAACUGAGGAACUACUGCCACCAUCGAAUUUAAAGACUUUACCAACAUAACAAAAGAUGUUUUUUCAAGGGUAUAUUGAUGCUUUGUUUUCAUGAGCAGUUCUUGUGAUCUAGCCCGAAAUACAUUGGCUGCUGUUACAUAAAAUAAAGAACAUAUAAAUGG